AUGGCGCCGCAACCCAGUGGGGGUGGACCCUGUCUCGUUUCGGAGCGACUUCCAUCUGCCUCGCCUGCUGCGGGUAGAUCCUUCAGGCUUCACCUCUGCAAAGCUGUAUCCGUCGAGGCAGCUGGCCCAAACAAAUCCACAAGCACAUCUGCAUCUUCUACCUCAUCCCUUGAUGUACAUCCACGAUGCCAAUGUACCCCGCGUGCCCGCCAGCCCACUCAAUCAACCGUUGAAGCAUUUCAGCCCGUAUCCACGCCUCCUAGCAUCGGUACCACCGCCACGGCUUAUCUCUCCAACGGCUAUGUGUCGCACUCCUCAUUUCACGGCGAGACGCGUCUCGAACCCGCCGCUCGCUUGGUUGAUGUUCCGGCGCCCGCCCGUCCGCCCCACCACAGAUCCCCGGCCAGACACGAUGCGGAACCAUUAAACCCGCCCCGCCGCCACGCCGGCUCAAAAGCCCACGGCCGACCGCUCACAAAGGUCCGCAAGGGACGCCACACCAUCCGUGGUGGUCCAGAAAAGCCCACAGCCCAGAGUAAUCUAUCUCCGGGCCGCCCAAUCUGCUUCUCCCUUCUUUCCUCAGCUCGCCUUGGCCGGUGCCAGCACAUCCUCGUCGUCACCUCCUCCAUACAGAACCGGGUCUUGCACACAUCCACCGUGCCGAGCACCCCGCCAGAACAAGUCAUUGGCUCAACCUCCUCAUCACUUGCAUUGGGCAUCGUGUGCGUCACCGAUCUCUCCGACCUCAGCAAAUGCUGUGCAGAUGGCACUCGCUACCAAAUAUUCGUAUUCUCUUCCCAUGGCCGCAUAUUCGGAUGUUUGGCCAACGGAAGCGGGCCAGCAUGGCACGUUACGUUCAUUGGCAUGAUGAUCGGCUCCCUCAAACCACCCGUCGGCGAGUGCGGCGACGCUCGAGCCUCCAACUGCGUCCUUCCCAUUCCAUCCCCUUGGGGAUUUGUCCUGGCCAGCCUGGUACCUGCGCAUGAACACACCUUCAAGGGGCUCAAGGACCUGCUUGCCUGCUCACAUGCGAAACUCUCCUCUGGGCCUACCUGGAUGAAUAUUGGAUGCGUUGCCGAUCGAUCAACGUCAGAAAUGUCUGUUCGAACCCCACCAAUAUGGCCAACUCAAUUAUCGGACGAUAUGGGAUCCGCCAGGAGCCAAGAUGGCAUUUUUGAGAUUCUUUUGGAAAAAUAUGGUACAUCUCAAACGUUUGGCCGCGAGGGCCCUAUACCAGUUUCGAGAAACUGUAGCAAAAAGGUUCAGCUCGCCGUCUUACUCUGCUCAGCCGUGUACGUUGUCUCACGCCAGCUUGUGCUAAUUGCGGCAUUCCAUUCUUCCGCCGCGCUUCCGUUCGCUUUAACUCGUAUCGACCUCGAAGUGGGACCCGGCCUUCGGGCCUGGGCCGCUAAUGGCCACCAAGCAGUGUCCGGUCGUUCGGUUUUUUGCGAUAUCGACCGCAUCGCCUCGAGGCAGGAGACAGAUACAGGCACCUCGUCUUACGGAAAACUUGACGCGGGACAUGAGAAGGUUGUUUCGAAAUGCAUUCCAUCUAGGCUCGAAGACCUCAACAGAGUGCUAGUAUUCGAGAAUGCCAUGCAUGAUUAUCAUCUAGGUGACUUACAACAGUGGUCACCACCCAGUAUCAAAGUCCACAUCUGUCGGGUAGCUGAAAGGGGGCAUAUUCGCCCCCUGUUUUCUCUUACCCUGGUGUUUGGAUCAACUCAAGACGUUUUGGCAAGAAGGCGGCCAUUCUUCUGGCUGAGAUUCGAGUCCAAAGUUGUUUCUUGGUUACUCAUUCUGCCGUCUGAGGACGUCUUUCCAACCAAGAUCCAUCACCCAUCACAAGCUGCUGUCAUAUACCGAAACUCUGGUCGGACAGAUCUCGUGAUGGAUUUGGUGGUAAACAUUCCGAUACUCGUCUUGGAGGUGGAUGGCCUGAAAAGGAGGAAAGCUUCGGAAGCUGGCGGGCACGACGUAGAGACUGCAACGCCGCACAUAGUCUCGAAGUACUCAGAUUGCCGUAAGCGAGAGCAAGUCGAUCAAACCUACCUUACACAAGGUCACAUACCAGUGCAAGCCCACUGGUGGAUCACUGCCGCUCGCAGAACAGUCGGUUCGAGACAUCUCGGCGGCAAAGUCGAGGUGCUAAGAGAAGCAGGGGCUGCGCAGUUUGGAAAGAACUUCAUGUUAUUGCCCCAGUGUGACAACUUGGAAACAUUGUCAGAUGUCCAUAGGUCUCCAAUAUCCAACAAAACAUCUAGUUCCUACCACCUUCCAACUCACAACGCCAAUGCAUGUAAUGCCUUUCACAACACAUCCUUCUUCCACGUCAAGUCCCAAGAUACUACUGUCCACGAAUAUUGCCCACCAAGGACAACUGAAAAACUAGAGUACAUAAAUCAACCGGUGAAAAGUCACGAGAACUUCGGGGAGGAGGAGGUGUGCAUGCGUGCGUAUGCCAGUGAAGGAGCCGCAGCUGAAACUCCCAUUGGAAGACAUGUAAUUGUAGCAACUUACAAAACCGAACGGGAUAAGAUCGUGAAGAGCAUCAACCACCAUAACACAUUUCAUUCUUUCAUGUCGUCUCCGAGUACCUGGACAUACGAUUCCGCCACUCCGGAUACAUCGAAUGCAAGACAGGCCAUGCGCCGGAGCAAUCAAACCACGCCAACAUUUGUUUCCUCAAACUCUGCUAAGAGGGGGAACGAACAGGCAAGAAUAAAAAGCCCUCUCUGCUUGGCGUUUGGGACGAGGUCCAUGAGUUCCUACCAGUCCCACGAAUCCCAUUGCGGAGUAGGGCAACAUGAGCCUGCCGAAAGCGACGGGACAGCGCAAGUAGUCAGCCCACUCACAGACUACCUCACGUUCACCCAAAGCUCACGAUCGCCAAGGACGCAGACCAAGCCCGGGGGAAACGGCAACGUGUCUGGGGCUGGAGCUCUUGCGACCGGGCCAAGGCUCAUGUUUCCACCGUGGUCGAAGGUUCGCCUCUACCAGUAUGUCUUGUACGUGUACGUAGUGUACAGUGUGUUCUCCCUGACGUAG